AAAUGACAUUUGUGUUUAGGGACCAUAAAGUCUCAAGCCACAAUAGUGUAGAUUGCAGAGUAAUCCCAGUUUACACAUUGCAUAAAUCUCACGAAGAUUAAGAUAGAUAUGAUGAAUUUAUGGUUUAAUCAUGACACUUAGUCAUAGUUAAAAAAAAAAAGAGAAAGAAAAAGCAAAUUAUCCUCAAUUUAUCCAUAGGAAUCAGUAAGUACUGGCAUUGGCAUUGGUAUCUGAACUCAAAUGAUCAAUAACACAUGGAAAUGCACUAUUUAUUUGUUCAAUUUUUUUAGUUGUAUGGGACGAGAGCUAGCACUAAAUCUCAGCCAUUAGAUUAUAUGGAUGGCUGAGAUUUAGUAACACAGCUUUAUCAGGACAGCGCCCCCAUCCGCAUUCAUCAUUUGCCACAUGCCCUCGCUUUGUGACCAGAUCUUCCCCCCCUUCGCCGCCCUCUGCGUCGUCAAUGUCCUUCUGAUUUUUCUCUUUCUAACAGGUCCCCAAAUGGCAACAGCAGCAGCAAACGCCACCGACUCUGAUUCCGAUCAGAACUCCUCCCUCCCUAAUAUGGAAGAGGUCGAGGAAGUCUUCGACCGAUAUGACGCCAACGGAGAUGGCAAGUUAUCGAUGUCGGAGCUCGGCGGCGUGCUGAAGGCGAUGGGUUCAUCUGACUCCCCGAGCGAGCGUCAGCGUAUAAUGGAUGGUAUUGAUAGUGAUAAAGACGAAUUCAUCAGCCUUAAUGAGUUUGCUCACCUCUGCCGCACCACCUCCGACCCUUCUCAGGAGCUGCGCGACGCGUUUGACAUGUACGAUCAGGACGGGAACGAACUCAUUUCUUCUUCCGAGCUCCACCUCGUUCUCAACCGCCUCGGCCUCAAAUGCUCCAUGGACGACUGCGUCGAGAUUAUCCGCUCGGUUGAUUCUGAUGGCGACGGGAAUGUCAAUUUCCAGGAGUUCAAGACGAUGAUGUUCGAUAAAUUGUGAUCCAAUUUCUAGGCUAGCUACUAGACUUUUGGUGAUGGAGACGUUUUGUUUUGUAGUAAACUGUUUCAUCUGAAUAUUGAAAUGGAAUAUCAGAAUAUUCACCUUGUUCA